GUACAGUUUUAUGAACAACGAUCUCUGAUGAUGACAACACUAACUUGUGGUCACAUGACCAAACAGUUGGACAAAAUGGCAGCCUCCAUGGAGUGACAUGAUUGUGUGUAAUUAAAAUUGCUAUCCAGAAUGAACAAACAGAAAAAGUCAAAGAGGUCGGGUCACAAAGAAAACAGAAGCAGUAGGCUGGAUAGGAGGAAAAAGUUUUCUGAAGGUUUUCAGAAUGAGGAGGAGCAUAAUGACACGGAAUCCUCAGAAAAUGAAGAUGAGACUGAGGGUCCAGAGAUACACUUCCCUCUUGCAAUGUGGGAUCUUGAACACUGUGAUCCAAAGAAAUGCACAGGACGUAAGCUGGCAAGAAUGGGUCUCGUUAGAACGUUGAAACUUGGCCAGAGGUUUAGUGGUCUUAUACUGUCACCAAUGGGAAAACAGUGUGUAUCUCCUGCUGACAGGGAUAUAGUAAGAGAACAUGGAAUAGCAGUUGUUGACUGUUCUUGGGCAAGGUUAGAAGACACUCCAUUUAACAAAAUGAAAGGAAAUCAUCUCCGAUUGCUGCCAUAUUUGGUGGCCACUAACCCUGUGAACUAUGGAAAGCCUUGCACACUAAGCUGUGUGGAAGCUUUUGUAGCAACCAUGUAUCUCACAGGUUUCCGUGAAGAGUGUGAGGUAUUGUUAAGCAAGUUCAGAUGGGGCAGUUCAUUCAUCAAAGUAAACGAGCAGGUAUUUGACCUGUACAGCAAGUGUAAUGAUAGCGCUGAGGUUGUGGCAGCACAGCAGCAAUACCUGGAACAGAUUACACAGGAGAACAGUGAGAAAGGGAUAGAUUAUAAAGAUCUUGCAGAUAUUGACAUGAGCAAAACACAUUAUAACCCAAACAGACAGAGAAAUAUGGAUUUACCUCCGUCAAGGUGUAGCGACCCUGCCCAGCCCAGCUUUAGGAAAGCUUUAAGAACUGAAAUUAUGGUGUGUCAGGACUUCAGUAUUGUUAAUCAGCUUAGUGAUGAAGAUAUUGUCUUGGGAGAAGCACGACAGGAAAUAUCAAACAUGAAAUCAUCAGCAGCUCAGCACAAAGAAAUCCUUGGAAUUCGAGCAUUCUUCACCUCAGUAUCAAAAUACUUGGUCACUCGACUUCCUUUCCAGAACAAACUUAUAAAGUCAUUAGGUUGCCUGUCUCCAGUCAGAAGAUUUGAAAAAGACUCUGUAAUUGAUGCUGAAAUUUUGUCCAGGGAGAUGCAUUUUGAUGAAAAUAUGACUGUUAAUGUUGUGGAUGGAUGGAAGGUAUAUCAAACAGAAGAUGAUUUGAAAGAAGAAGAUAGAAUUGACCAUUAUUGGAGACAAGUGUUUGUGAAGAAGCUUGAUAGUGGGCAGCUCAAGUACAGAUUUUUACCCCAACUUGUCAAGAAAGCUCUGUUAUUACCACAUGGAAAUUCAGAGGUUGAGAGAAGUUUGUCAGUGAACACUAGUGUAGUGACUAAGGACAGAGUUGCCUUGGGUGAGAAAACUGUUACUGCCAUCAGAACUUUGAAGGACAUAGUUAAGUUCAGUGAUCCUGUAGAUGAGCAACCUCACAAAAUACCAUUAAACAGUGAAAUACUUCUGGCAGCAAAAAUGGCCCAUAACAAGUAUAAACAGAGGAUUGAGACAGAAAAAGAAGAAAGAGAGAAAAAGAAACAGAAGAGAGAGAAAGAAAGGCUUGAAAAGAAAAGACUGGAAGAACUUGCAACAGAAGAGAAUAAUAAGACCUCCUCCAUGCUUGAAAAAGAAAAAGCACUGCUUAAAAAAGAAAUGGAGAUUCAGACAAGGUUGACUUUAGCAGAGGAACUGUUAAAAGAUGGGAACAAAAAACUUUCUAAAGCUGUUGAAAGUAGUGACAUGAAAGGUGCUUCUGUAGCACAAAUGAUGAUAGCAACAACCACAUCAAAGAUAGAGGGUACGUGAAAACCAAAGGGAAGUUGAGCAGCAAAAGAGACAGUUACUGGUUCACAGACUAGAUAAGUGCAGUUCUAAAUCAUCAAGCAAAGGAAAGAAACAAGAAUCAGCCAUAUCAAGUUCCAAAAGCUCUGCCACUGCUUCAACAAGAACUUCAAAAUCUGAACCAGACGAGCAAACUGCCUCUUCUUCCAAGUCAAGU